CCACCCCGCCGGAGCGCGGCGCGGCUCGGCCCGGCCCACCAACAACCUUCCCGAAGGCCGGACAGAGCGCGAGGCGUCUCCUGAGCGACCUCCUGCCCCCCGAGACCGGCGGCUCCACUGCCCCCUCCUGCGGUGAGGGGAGGGAGGAGCUGGAGGAUGAGCUGCUGGAGGGGGCUCGUAGUAGGCUGGUUUAGAUCAAAAUGGGAUUCAUCUUUUCAAAAUCUGUGAAUGAAAACCUGAAGAGUCAACAGGAGUUCAUGCUCAUGAACUCUCGACUUCAGCUGGAAAGACAGAUACUGAUGCAGAGUCAAAUGCGAGAGAGACAGAUGGCUAUGCAGAUUGCUUGGACAAGGGAAUUCCUCAAAUAUUUUGGAAUAUUUUUUGGACUUGCUGCUGUAGGUCUAACUGCUGGAGCAAUAAAAAACAAGAAACCAGGACUGUUCCUUCCAAUAGUUCCCUUAAGCUUUAUACUUGCCUACCAGUAUGAUAUGGGCUAUGGAACACUUUUGCAAAGGAUGAAGGGUGAAGCAGAGAACAUACUUGACACAGAGAACACCUUGCUAGAAAUGCCAAAAGGAGCCAUCACUUUUGAAAGCCUUGAAAAAGCCAGAAGAGCUCAGAGCAAGUUCUUUAUAGAAAAAUAAGAAGACUGUAACCACUCAGUACUUCAAAUACAAAAUUAUUUGUUUGUAAUUAUGUUGCUGACUUAAAAUAUGUCAAAUUAUUAGUUUUGAGAACACAAUAUUUUAAAAAUAAAAUGAAUUUCAUUUAAAAA